AUGAAGCGAAGUCGAGGAUAUGCAAAAAUGACGAGACCCGUCGCAGAAAACUCUGAGCCCCUCAUCGUCUACAUUGGCCUGGUUCUGCGGGAGAUAAGAUGGGAGGACCCCUUUCUGGCUUGGAAUAGGAGUGAGUUUGGAAAUAUCACGGAAAUCCGUCUUCCUUCCAACACGAUCUGGACACCGGACAUUGUGCUCUACGACAAGUUUGUUGUCUGCCUCAUUCACAGUGCCGCUGGACGGUUCCAGCUGGACCAUUCAACCAAGUUGGGGCUGACACAUCUUGGGAGCGUGAAUUGGGAGCCUUCAAUGAUCUACAACAGUUUCUGUGACAUCAACGUGGCAAGAUUCCCUUUUGACGAACAAGAGUGCAAAAUGAAGUUUAGUUCGUGGACGUACAACAGUCUGCUUGUCGACCUCCAGCCGUCAUCUACGAGCUACAAGCGUGAGAACAGGAGCGUGAACGUGGACUUGACGGAAUAUACAGAAAGCAUCGAAUGGGAACUGGCCAACGCGAGUGUAAAGAAGAAUGUCCGCUUCUACAAAUGCUGUAUUGAGCCAUUCGUCGAUGUCACCUUUUACUUUUCUAUCCGACGGAAGCCCAUGUUUUAUGUUAUCAAUUUUAUCGUGCCAUGUGCCAUAAUUUCUUCCUUGACUGUCCUUGUGUUUAUCCUCCCGGCCGACAGUUGUGAGAAAAUGACGCUCUGUGUGUCCAUUCUCCAGAUUAUGACUGUGUACAUUCUCUUCAUGAUUGAUUUGAUUCCCCCCACUUCUGUCGUCGUUUCUCUCAUCGGACAGUACUUGCUUUUCACAUUGCUCCUGGUCACGUGUUCCAUAAUUUGCACGGUCUUGGUCCUCAACGUCAAAGUCAGGUCUCCGGGGACUCAUAACUUUACUCCUUCAGUCAGAAAAAUAUUUUUCGUCUAUUUGCCAAAGCUACUCUGCAUGAACAAGUGCUGCAAGAAGAAGAUCGGGACAUGCAGUCCUGUCCUCUUAGAGGCCCCUCAGCAAAACAACGAUGACAUUGAACUCGUCCAAAAAAUGAGCCAACAAUUCACAAAAAUGCAAACCAUGCAAAAACAGGAACAAAUUGGCUUAUUCUUAAAGGCCAUUUACCAAAUCACUGAAUUUUUUAAAAAACAGAAAGAGGACGAAGAAGUACUCUAUUUUAGAUUUAUCCCAGAAUCGGGAGUCAAGACCUUUGAUGAUCAUACAAAUUUGACUGUAAAGGGCAAGCUUAUUUACCGUGGAAUUAGGCUAACACGCAAUAUUGUUACUUCACACAGCUUGGGCAAGUGUGAAACUAUCAGUAAUUAUUUCAAAAAAGUUGGAAUUAUUCAAGAUUUUGAUGAGUCUUAUGCUGAAGAAGAGUUGUCCCCAUAUCAAAUUAUUGAGGCACACAAUAAUGAGCUAGACCAAAUUCUGAUUUAA